GUUCAAAACACAAAACGGAUAUAUGUGACCAUCAUCUUUAUAUCUCAAUAACUCCAUGGCUUCUGCGUUGCAGAGAAGAUGGCCGCGAUCGAGAGACAAGAUCAUCAUCCCCACAUUCUCAUCUUCCCCUUCUUGGCUCAUGGCCACGUGAUCCCUCUCGUAGACUUGGCCAUCUUGCUCUCCCAACGCCGCCUGACUGUGACAAUCGUCAGCACGCCCUUCAAUAUCGCGCGAAUCCGUCCUACCAUCGACGGCCUCAUUUCUUCCGGCUGCGACGUCCGAGUAAUCGAUCUUCCCUUUCCCUUCGCCAUGACGUUGCUGCAAGGUUCAUGCUCGCCAUUUGAGAAAGUCAUGCCGCGGAUUCACCUUGACUGCGUCAUAUCUGACUUCCAGCUCCGCUGGACCUCAGAGGUGGCACACAAAUUCAACAUACCCAGGAUCUGCUUCUCUGUCGCCUGUAAUUUCACUCGUGUCUUGAGCUCCAGCCUCAAUCUGCAUAAGCCCCAAGAUGGAGUCUCUACUGCCCACGAGCCAUUCUUGGUGCCUGGUCUGCCUGACAAGGCUGAGUUAACCAAGUCCCAACUGCCGGAUGGUUUUGUGUACAGGGAGUGUGAAGAAAAAGAACAGAUGUUGCUGUUCUCGAAAGAGGCAGCAAAUGCUGAAGAGGAGAGUGGCGUUAUAAUUGUGCACAGCUUCUAUGAGCUAGAGCCUUCUUACAUUGAUUGCUACAAGAAAACCACAGGGAAGCCAGUUUGGUCUAUGGGUCCACUUUUCCUGUGUCAUGAAGAGAGAGAGAGAGAGAAGUCUGCUGUUCGUGAAGACGAGUUUCUGGAGUGGCUAGGCUCAAAAAAAGAAAGAUCUGUUCUCUACCAUUGAGGCCAUCAAUUUUGGGGUGCCAAUGCUCACUUGACCACUAUCUGCAGAGCAACACUUGAAUGAGAAACUAGUGGUGCAGAUGUUGGGCUUUGGAGUGAAGGUUGGCAGUCAUAUGAUCUCGGUGGCUCAUGGGGAGGAAGAAGUGGUGGAGGUGGUGAAGAGAGAGGCGAUAGAGGAGGCGGUGCAGAGUUAUGUGGCCUAGCUACAGUGGAGGCGGUGCAGAUGUGAAAUGCUAGUUAGGUGUU